UUUUGUUUUUCCCUUUUAGGAUAUUAUCAGCAUUUUGAUGGUACCUCUUGCAGGCAUGAGUCCUGUGAGCCUCUUCUGAGUUGUGGAGGUGAAAUGAGAUCAGACAGGAAUCUGAGGAGGACUGUCAUCUUAGCAUUCCUCUGGAAUAAUGUAUUGCACUGCUGGCAGGAAUUCAUGUCUGUAAACAUCAGUGAAUGCAGAUCUGCUGAGAUUGUUUUGGUGUAAUUACUUUGCACCAGCCUCUGACAUCUUAAGGGUUAUAUAGAUUCAUACAAUCAAGUUGAAAAGGAACCUAAAUGGUCGUCUGGUCAAACUCCUACAGUAAACAGGGGUAUCUACUGCUCAGAGUGCUGUCCAGUCUGAGCUUGAAUGUCUCCAGCCUUGAGAUGGCGCAUCUGUAAACCUCACAGGCUUAAAAGGAUGUCUGAAAGGGACCCAGAGUCAUUGUCAACAUCUUCAUCAUCUUGGUGGUCACUGUUGCUGUUUGCUGGUUUGAGACUAUGACUUCUGGAUGAGCGCGCUAACACCCCAUCCCUUCUCCAGUGCUGCAGGCUGAGACUAGAACUCCUCGAAACAGACGUCCAAAAUAGACUGGGACAUGAAGCCUUUCGGGAAGGCUUUCAAGUGGAAGAGCUAGUAGACUGCUUUGAAGUCAACACGAACUUCUGUGACAAAAAGAACCUGGAGGACCUGUGAUAGGGAGCAAGUGUUUUCAGAUACCUGAAUUAAAUCUCGGCAGUGCUUUUCUGCCAUCUGCUGCAGAGCAGAAGAUUAUCAGACAUGUCAAUAGCACUGAAGCAAGUCUUUAAUAAGGAUAAGACUUUUCGUCCAAAACGCAAGUUUGAACCUGGAACCCAGAGGUUUGAGCUACAUAAAAGAGCGCAGGCCACUCUGCACUCAGGUGUGGACUUGAAAGCAGCUGUACAGUUGCCCAGGGGAGAAGACCAAAAUGACUGGGUAGCUGUCCACGUCGUUGACUUCUUCAACAGGAUCAACCUCAUUUAUGGAACUAUCUGUGAGUUCUGCACGGAGAGGACCUGCCCAGUGAUGUCUGGAGGCCCUAAGUAUGAGUACCGGUGGCAGGAUGACAUGAAAUACAAGAAGCCUACAGCGCUGCCGGCACCGCAGUACAUGAAUCUCCUCAUGGACUGGAUUGAGAUGCAAAUCAACAACGAGGAUAUAUUUCCUACAAGUGUAGGUGUUCCCUUUCCAAAGAACUUCCUUCAGAUCUGCAAGAAGAUACUUUGCCGGCUUUUUCGGGUAUUUGUUCACGUCUACAUUCAUCAUUUUGACCGUAUCAUCCUGAUUGGGGCCGAGGCCCACGUCAAUACCUGCUACAAGCAUUUUUAUUACUUUGUGACAGAGCUGAACCUGAUAGACCGCAAAGAACUAGAGCCUUUGAAGGAGUUGACAACCAGGUUGUGUCACUGAAGAGCUACUCACUGAAGAAAACAUGUCCAGUUUCAUCCUUGCUGCAGAGUUCCAGAACAUGGCAGCCCUUGCAGAAUGCAUCCGCUUUUAAUCCAAGAAAGCAGAAAAGAUGGGAACUGCAGUUACUUUCACAAAAGUUUUCCACUACUGUCAGUGUUCCUAACUCAGAGUAUGCUGCUAGGAACCUCAUCCGAGAGACGUGGGUUACUGAGGGAAAGAAGAAUCGACUUCAUAUUAAUCCUAGCUUCUUCAUUAGGGAUAAGAACCUCUUAAGUCGCAAGUAAUGACUGACCAUGUUCCUGCUGCUAAAGCCCACUGAAAUUCAGGUCCCUGGGCUGACCUCUAGAUCCACUGUAUUCAAAUGAAACUAUUACUAGCUGCAAUGUUGUUUUCUUUUUAUUUUGCUACUUAGUUUGUGCUUUGUUUCCUAAAUGAGGUGGAAUAUCAAGUCAGUGUGGAGUUACAGAGAGCUUACAGCCUUGAACAUCUCCCAUCCAUCACCAGACCACUCAAGGCUUGGCUGCUGUUCCCAAAUGCCAGAGAGCCUUGUGUUUCCAGAACACAACCCCGUUCUUUUGCAGAUCACAGAAUUGUAGAAUUGUUUGUUUUGGGAGGGACAUUGAGAGGUCAUGUAGUCCUACUCUCCUGCAAUGAAAAGGAACAUCUGCAAGGACGUCAGGUUGCUUCAAGCCUGAUCUAGCCCUGACCUUGCUGACCUGAUCAACAGCUUGUGCUUCAUUGCAAUUCCUAUGGGAUGACGGAGGGUCAGACUUUCAUCUCAGCUACACGAGCUCCAGACACAGUCCUGCAAUGCUGAUGUCCUGUCUUCAAUUUCUUACUGUGACUGACAGCAAAUCUGCUCAGUGUUUCUGCAUUACAUAAGAAAGCAACUAUAUUGUCAGCAUUUACUGAAAUACUCUACAAAGUGCACCAAUGCAUCAUGCAACUUAAUGUCCUAUGAUCCCCUUAGAGGAAGGACAGCUUUCAUUCAUCCAAAUGUUUAAUCUUUCCAGGGGAAAAGAAAUUUAAUUUUGGUAACUGGGAUAAAGAUGAGUAAAGAUGAAUAGUGUAACAGUCAGGCCAGGAGGGACUGAGUAAAGGACUCUUUUGCAUCUGAACUGUUCUAGCAGUGUGGCCUUAUUUCUGCACUGGAGAAUAUUUCUCCCCAGUUCUCAGUCCAACUUAACGCAUUGGUGAACAGCCUGGAGGGAUGUAAACAUAGUAAAUCCAGUCUUCUGUGUCAAAUAUACCUGAUGAAAGGCUUUACCUUAAAAAAAAAAAAAA